AUGUCUUCGCCGAGCACUAACAGUCCAUCCUAUCAGGUAUCAUCAACUCCUUUCCAAACAGCCCUCUUUCCCCUCUCCUUUACCACCCACUCCACCAUCCAUUCCACUACCAACCCUCCCUCCUCAACAUCCUACACACACUUCUUCCCAGCCUCGCACCGUAACAUCCGCCCUCAUGAAGCAAUCGACGACCUCGAAUCGCUUUACAAAGGCCCUUCGCCCUCUUUUAUCGCCCGCGAAUUCGACCUCUCCCGGCUACACUCCAUUCGCCAUCUGCUCUGGCUAGCCGGGCGUCCGGUACCGCCCCACCCUUUGCACCAACAAGUGCUUAUGAAUCGGGAGCCGAUAGUGACUAAAAAGCUCGACCAACACUUAGUAUGGGGAGGAGGCAGGGUGUUUCUGAAGCCUGUCAGCAAGUUUUUGUUUACGAGGGAGUUUUGGACAAGGGAGUUGACAUCACGAAAGAAGGAUGACGCGGGAGUAUGCAAACGAUGCGAAAGCCGGCAAGCAGCGCUUGGGUUUUUGUUCAGUUAUGUUGGUCUGGUGCAAAGGGAGACCGACUUUGAUCUCGCCACCGUCAAGGGCCUCCUCCCGCGCGAAGUAACCUGGGGUCAAUGGCGUCUCUUCGUGGACGAGCUGCUCGCCUCGCCAGACGCGAUAUACAAGAACAUCGCCGUUCGGUUCAUCUACGGCGAAUUAUGA